AUGAAUCCCGAGAGGAAGAGCAUCCACAAUUACAAGUUUGUGGAACCUCCAUUGGCUGUGUUGAGAGGACUUGGGGCACGUUUAGACCUGACUCACAAAGACGCCUUCAAGGAAAUGUAUGGUAACCUGCUGGGAAUUCUGAACACCGAGGUCAACAUCACCGCUGUGCACACCUUGGUGCAGUUCUACGAUCCACCACUAAGGUGCUUUACUUUCCAAGACUAUCAGCUAACGCUGACAUUGGAAGAGUAUUCAUAUAUUUUGGGUAUCAAGAUAAAGAACCAGGUGCCCUACAUCCGCACUAAGGAACUUCCUGAAUAUCGAGAACUUGUUGAAGCUCUUCAUAUGGGAAAGAAGGAGAUAGAAUUGAACCUGAAACCAAAAGGUGGAAUCCAUGGCUUCACCUCCAAGUUUCUCGUAGACAAAGUUAUCACUUUUGCUGAAGCUGGAAGCUGGACGGCCUUCAACGCCUAUCUAGCUUUACUCAUCUAUGGGAUUGUCUUGUUUCCGAAUAUGGAGGAGUUCGUGGACUUGGCUGUUAUUCACAUCUUCUUGACUCAGAACCCAAUUCCCACUCUUCUUGAUGAUACUUACUAUUCCAUUCACGUAAGGACCCAGAAGAAGAAAGGGACUAUCGUCUGUUGCACCCCUUUACUGUAUAGAUGGUUUAUUUUGCAUCUACCCAGUGAAGGUCCUUUUGUUGAGAACAAAGAUAAUCUGAAAUGGUCCCAGAGGGUCAUGUCCUUAAAGGCCGAAGGGAUUCCUUGGUAUUCUCGAGUGUACGAUGGUAUCAAGCUCAUCCUCAAUUGUGGGGAUUUUCCUAAUGUGCCUCUUCUUGGAGUCGAAGAUCCAGAGUUGAUCAAGAAGAUUGUCAAGGCUUGGGGGUCGAUUUGUCCUCAAGGAAGAGUAGAGAUGGGUAAGAAGAAUUGUGUCGCCAAGGAAGAUUACACCAGUUGGGUCAAAAGCAGAGUUAGUGAGGUCUUAUUGUCGUUCCCACCCGAACCAUCCAUGAACCUCCAAUCCUCUGAGCUAGAGAACCAUCCAAAUUCCGAGAUGGAUGAAUUGAAGAAGGCUAUCAAGACUUUAGAGAAAGAGAAUGACGAUCUCAAAUCUAAGCUUGCUAAGAUCUCAUUGGAGAAAGAGACCUUGAAAUUCAAUAUGAAUCAGAAGAGAGACCGAGUUCGCCAAGCUGAUGAUGAGGUACAGACAGAGGGUUUUCAAAAGACUCAAAGGGGGUGA